CUACUCACACACACACGGGCACACACAUGUACGCACACAGCCACACUCAUUGAAAAAGUCGGAGAAUUGUGUGGGAAAAAAAAUCGUCUAUAACUAACUACGAAACGCGCAAAUUGUGCAAAUGCGGAUGCCCAGUAGCAAAGGCAAAGUGAACGUUUGAUAAUUGCGGGUGCGCUGGCUGUUUGGGCAGCUGAAAAUUCAUGUUGUCGCUGUAACGCAGCGCAGUGAGUGUAUGUGUGUGCAUGUGCGUGUGUGUGUGUGAAGAGUGAAACCUACAACUUUACUCCCCAAACCAACAGCCACACCAACAACAACAACAACAACGACAACAACAACAGCAGCAGCAGCGCAGCAGUGUUGAGAGAAAAGAUGGCGACGAGUCGCACCAGUCGCAUACAAUCACAACCAAAAAUUUUUCCUUCAAUCUUUUCCAAAUUACAUGGAGCCAUCUCAGAGGCAUGCGUCUCACAGCGCCUGUCGACGGACAAGAAGACGCUGGAGAAAACGUGGAAACUGAUGGACAAGGUGGUCAAAUUGUGUCAACAGCCGAAAAUGAAUUUAAAAAACAGUCCACCCUUCAUAUUGGACAUACUGCCCGACACGUAUCAGCGUUUGCGUUUAAUAUAUUCCAAAAACGAGGAUCAAAUGCAUCUGCUGCACGCCAACGAGCACUUCAAUGUCUUCAUCAAUAAUCUAAUGCGUAAAUGCAAACAGGCCAUCAAAUUGUUCAAGGAGGGCAAAGAGAAAAUGUUCGAUGAGAACUCACAUUAUCGCCGUAACUUGACCAAACUUAGUUUGGUCUUCUCGCACAUGCUCAGCGAGCUGAAAGCCAUCUUUCCCAAUGGUGUCUUUGCGGGCGAUCAGUUUCGAAUCACCAAGGCGGAUGCUGCCGAUUUCUGGAAGAGUAACUUUGGCAACAGUACAUUGGUGCCUUGGAAAAUAUUCCGUCAGGAGCUAAAUAAGGUGCAUCCGAUAUCGUCAGGACUGGAGGCGAUGGCCCUGAAAACGACCAUAGAUCUGACGUGCAAUGAUUAUAUAUCGAAUUUUGAAUUCGAUGUAUUCACGCGUCUAUUUCAGCCGUGGGUGACAUUGUUGCGCAACUGGCAAAUCCUGGCCGUCACCCAUCCCGGCUAUGUGGCCUUUCUCACCUACGAUGAGGUGAAGGCGCGCCUGCAGCGCUACAUACACAAGGCAGGCAGCUAUGUAUUUCGUUUAUCCUGCACACGCCUCGGCCAAUGGGCCAUUGGCUACGUGACGGCAGAUGGCGAAAUAUUGCAAACAAUACCGCAAAACAAAUCGCUGUGCCAGGCGCUGCUCGAUGGGCAUCGCGAGGGCUUUUAUUUAUAUCCCGAUGGCCAGGCCUACAAUCCGGAUCUGUCGUCCGCUGUGCAAAGUCCAACCGAGGAUCAUAUAACGGUCACACAAGAGCAAUACGAGCUGUACUGUGAAAUGGGCAGCACCUUUCAGCUAUGCAAAAUCUGCGCAGAGAACGAUAAGGAUAUACGCAUCGAGCCCUGCGGUCAUUUGCUGUGCACGCCCUGUCUCACCGCCUGGCAGGUGGACUCGGAGGGACAGGGCUGCCCGUUUUGUCGUGCAGAGAUCAAGGGCACCGAACAGAUCGUUGUGGAUGCCUUCGAUCCGCGCAAACAGCACAAUCGGAAUGCAACGAAUGGACGACAACUGCAGCAGGACGAUGACGAUACAGAGGAUAUGGGCGACUUCAAUAUAGCCACCUCGUCGUUGCACGCGCUCAGCACCUCGGCCGCGUCACAGUCCUCCAUGGAGAAGCAUAGUCCGCACACCUCGCCGCGCCUGGGCAGACGCAGCACCACGCCCAGCCUGAUGGCGGUGCAAAACGAUCUCUAUGCCGGCGGCACGCCAGCGCUCAGCCUGCCCAGCGGCAGCAGCAGCUGCAGCAGCAGCAUCAGCGGCGGCUCCUCCUCCACAACAAACUGCAACCAGCAGCAGCCGCAGCCCUCGGCGCCGCCUGCCGCAACGGUCAUCAGCAAUGGCAGCGGCAGCAGCAACAACACCAGCAGCAGCAGCAGCAACAGCAGCUCCACACAGAAGACAACAAAUCGGAUGAGCGCACCGUUGAUUGGCUCCAGUGUGAUCAACUCGACCUAUGGCCAGAAGUUGCCCAGCAAAACGGACAACGGCUCGGCCGGCGAUACGGCCUCCAUCAGCUCCUAUGCCAUACUACAGAAUCUGCAGGAUGGCGCCAGCUCCAGCGCAACAGCAGCAGCAGCAGCAGCAGCAGCUGGUGGAGGAGGAGGAGGAGGAGCUGCUGCUGUGGCACCGCCGCUGCCGCCGCGCAAAUCACCCGGCAUGGAGACACCCGUCAAGCCAAACAGCGCAACACCCUCGAGCAGCAAGAGCAUCGACAACAUCCAGUGCAGCCUGGACAAUGUGCCGCCACAGACAACGGCGCCGCCCAUACCGCCGCAUGUGAGCAGCAGCGUCGACACCUUGGCCGAGGAUUUGAUGCGACAGCAGCGCAUUGCAAGCAGCACCACGUCGCCGGUGCUGUCGCUGUUGGACGAGAUGAUGGUCGAGGUGGGACCGGCGGAGACCAUCAGCGGUGUCAUCGACACACGUCCGCUGGAGGCGCGCGGCACGCUGCCUGCCAACAACAGCAGCAGCAGCAACAACAACAACAACAACAACAACAGCGGCAGCAGCACCAGCAGCAGCAGUGGCUGCAGCGGCGUCCAGGAUGCGGCCAGCUCGCACUAUACGCAACUGUGCACCACGACGACCAGUGCGGCGGCUCUGGCGGCAGCCGCUGCGCUGGCCAAUGGCAAGAAGAUGACACUGAAGCAGCCAACGCCAGCUGGCCAACAGCCGCUGCUCUAUGCGAACGUGACGAUCAAUCAAAAAGACUGUGCCGGCACUGUGCCCUACGAGAAUAUCAAUCUGGAGUAUAUAGCGCGCCUGAUGAACGCCGGCUACUCCAAGGAGAAUGCCAUUACGGCGCUGGGCAUCUCGCGCAACAACAUCGAAAUGGCUGGCGAUAUAUUGCGUGAGUUUGUCUCCAAGAAUAGCGCCUAGAGUGCCACGCUACCGCACCCGCCCCGCCCCCAAAAACACAGUGUGAUGCCCGCCCGGAGGAGCAGCGAUAGCAACUGUCGCCUUGUUGAGUAUGAUAACGAAGAAGAAGAAGUAGAUGAUGAUGAUGAUGAUAUGAUCCCAGAACAAAGCAAAAGGCAGCUGAUAAAUCAUAAGCAUAAUUUGAAGCUCUCUAAUUACGCGCUCUCUCUCUCUCUCUCUCUCUCAAUCUAUAUAAAUAUUUAUAUAUAUCUAUAUAUAUAUAUGACUUUCUCCAACUCGCUUUAAGAGCACCACGCCCACUCCCUCCCCAAACACACACACACACACCUCAUCUAGAUUAAAGCUAAGUUAGCAGCCCAAUAAACACACACACACACACA